AUCUUGACGAGGGGAAGCGCCGCCGCUCCCUGGCCUCGCGUCCGUCCCGGAAGUACCGCCCACCCCCGCGCGCCGGAAGCGCACUGCCUCGCGAGCCACGCCCAUUCCGUCUCGGGCCGUGCGUGAGCGGCGCGUUGGUGACGGCAGGCGGACAGUGACAGCGACAGUGACAGCAGCGAUGGGCGCGGGGACACAGCCGGCGGAGGCGCAGUGUGACUCAUUGGAGGGGAGAGUCUACCUGGACUACAACGCCACCACCCCCCUGGCCCCCGAGGUGGCCGAGGCCGUGUGGGACGCCAUGUGCCAGGCCUGGGGCAACCCCAGCAGUUCCCACCCUGCAGGCAGCAAGGCGAAGGAGCUCAUCGGCAGCGCACGGGAGAGCCUGGCGAAGAUGCUAGGAGGCCGCCCCGAGGACAUCGUCUUCACCUCAGGUGGCACGGAGGCGAACAACAUGGUGAUCCACACUGCCUGCAGGCACUUCCACGACAGCCAGCGUGGGACGGGGGACAGCCGGGGCACACCGCACAUCGUGACAUCAAGCGUAGAGCACGACUCCAUCCGCCUGCCGCUGGAGCAGCUGGGGAGGGAGGGCCUGGCAGGGCUUGUCUCCUGGCCUGCAGAAGCCACCUUUGUGCCUGUGUCCCCACGGAGCGGGCAGGCAGAGGUGGACGAUGUCCUGGCCGCCAUCCAGCCAAACACCUGCCUGGUGUCCCUCAUGCUGGCCAAUAACGAGACCGGGGUCAUCAUGCCCGUGGCAGAGCUGAGCCAGCGCAUCCGUGCCCUGAACCGGCGCAGAGCGGCCGAGGCUCUGCCCAGGAUCCUGGUGCACACGGAUGCAGCGCAGAUGAUUGGCAAGGGGCGCGUGGACGUGCAGGAGCUGGGCGUGGACUACCUGACCAUCGUGGGACACAAGUUCCAUGGCCCACGGAUUGGAGCGCUGUACAUCCACAGCCCUGGCACUGCCACCCCGCUGCACCCCAUGCUCUUUGGAGGGGGACAGGAGAGGAGUUUCCGGCCAGGCACUGAGAACACCCCGAUGAUUGCCGGCCUUGGCCAGGCUGCAGAGUUAGUGAACAAGAACUGGGAGGCCUAUGAGGCUCAUAUGCGGGAUGUCCGGGAUUACCUGGAGGCCACGCUGGAGGCCUCCUUUGGGAAGCAGAGGAUUCACUUCAACAGUCACUUUAAGGGCUCCAAGCGACUCUGCAACACCUGUAAUUUCUCCAUCCUGGGCCCAGGCCUUCAAGGGCGAAGGGUGCUGGCUCACUGCAAGGUGCUCCUCGCCAGUGUCGGGGCUGCCUGCCACUCUGAGAAGGGGGAUCGGCCCUCCCCGGUGCUGCUGAGCUGCGGGAUUCCCCCGGAGGUGGCGCAGAACGCGCUGCGGCUGAGCGUGGGCCGUGGCACCACACGGGCAGAUGUGGACAGGGCUGUGCAGGACCUCCUGCAGGCUGUGGGGCUGCUGGAGCGGGACCAGGCCCCGUAGAGCCCUGAACUGCUCCACGACAGCACGCAGGUUCUUGGGGGGGCAGAGCUCCUGUUGCCAACUCCACCUGCUUCUCAAGGAAACAGCUGUCGGGGCAGCUGUGACUGUGCCAGCACCUGAGGGACCCCUGUGUGGCCCAGGGGGUCUCUGGCAUCACCAGCACUGGAGGACACAAGUGUCACACGGAUCAGGAGCAUUGCCAUCUGGGCUGGCUGAUGUCAGGGAACUUGAUCUCCCUAAGUAUGCAUAGGAAUAAAAUAAAUUGCUGCUUCUUUUCACAA